AUGUCAUCCUCUCUCCCCAAUGCUUUCGUCACAUUGCUCACCACCCCUUCCUAUCUUCCGGGAGCUCUGGUCCUCCUCCAUUCCCUAUUGGAGCUUCACCCAGAGCCCAGACAGUUCAAGACUGUCUGUCUGGUCACUCCUGAAACGGUAGAUGCCAGGACGAUUGGUGAAGUCAGGAAGGCAGGCUUCGACCUAGUCAUUGGUGUGGAGCCGAUCGGAAGUGGUGUACAAGGCGAAGAAGGCUUAAAGCUGAUGGGUCGACCGGACCUCAAUCUCGCUCUGACCAAGCUUCACCUGUUUCGACUUCAUACCCUGUUUUCAACCCUUAUUUACCUCGAUGCUGAUGUCCUCCCACUUCGACCCAUCUCUCAUCUAUUCAGUACGACCGAGCCUCAUGUCUUAUCCGCGGCUCCAGAUACAGGCUGGCCAGACUGUUUCAACUCUGGUGUCAUGGUCAUCCGACCGAAUGAAAAGGAUUGGGAGGGGCUCAGGGAAAUGUUAAAAAAUGGGGAAGGAGAGGAAGGGAUAUACCUCACCGGCGGUGGAUCGAAUGGUUCAGGCGAAGCGUUGUACGGGAAUGGAAGCUUUGACGGAGCAGAUCAAGGUCUGCUGAACGAAUACUUUUCAGAUGAAGGACCAGGUGGACAGUGGAACAGACUGUCGUUCUUAUACAAUGUCACACCGACCGCUGCUUAUCAGUACGAGCCAGCUUACCGUCGAUACGGCUCCAAAGUGAACAUUGUCCACUUCAUCGGCCCGAACAAGCCCUGGUCAAGUUUGAGCAGUCGCCCGCCAGGCAUGUCUCUGCCGAAAGGCAAAGAGUAUAAAUUCGAUUAUCCAUCACUCAUUGACCGCUGGUAUGAGAUCUACGACCGCAACGUUCGUCCCAAUGCCGCUCAUCACCCCGACAUGGCUCAACGAUUCCAAGUCCCGGAACACGUGGCAGUUUGGAAUACUUCAACAGCCAUGGCUCAACAGCCUCCUGAUCGCCUGGAUCUCGUGCAGCUCAAAGCUGCCGUUGGCGUAGGUAUGACCGCGAUGAAACCUGGACAAUACACGUCAUUACCGUUGGACGGUCGAGUCGAUCUCAUCAUGCCGAAACCACGACCUCGAGUCAAGGCUCCUUCUCCGCCGAAGAGUCCGACAAUUGCUGGCGACACUUCGCCUCAGCAGCAUUUCCCUGCACCCCAUCCUCAGAGCCUGCAUCAACAGACGACUCAACCUGCCGUCUGGGACGCUCAACGAUAUUCUCCUCCUGUAGGUGGUCAACCUGAAAUGUCGGUACCUAUGAACACGUUUUACAACGCGGCUUGGGACGAAUCGCCCGCCCAACAAUCUUCCUUUUACUCUUCACCGCAAAAGCAUCAGCAUGAACCUCAGUAUCCCACCAUACCUGAUAACGUAAGGAAAGACACAUGGUACAGCAAUUUUACCGGCUCCACCCCCGAUCGCACGUACACCAAUCCUGUCUUCCCCUGGGAACAAGCCAAGCAGCGUAAACCCGAUCGAGUAUUCCCUCAGGACGCACCCGCACCAGUCUACAAGCAUACUACAGCCGCAGCCCCAUCAAAACGACACGCAGCGCCUGCUGAGCCCGUCAGACCUCGCCGCGCAUCUCCGCCUCCUGUGACGACCACUACGUCCAGUAACCCUCCGCCUCGAUCGAUGUCUGAAGCCAUGGCGAGCUAUACUAAUGCGUGGGACAGCAUGCCUCAGAUUCAGCAGUAUAUCGACCGAGUGACUGGUCGACCACCUCGAUUAGGCCUCAACGAUAUGCCUCGACAGAUUGAUCUCUCAGCUUUGAAAUCUGUCCCCACGACGCCGAAGCAGGAAACGGCUCCUGCACGUCAUCGAACCAAGUCGGGUGAUCGUCGAUCAGACGUUUCUGGCGAUGGAGAUGAUGAAGAUGAUGGAGAAAGCCAGGACUCCGUCAACGAUUCUCCUGCCAUUGGCAGCAACAACACUGGUCGAAUGGAGUCUGUGCCUUACCCAUUCCACUCAGGGUAUCGAGACCGACAAGCUCAAACGGAUAGACGAACGAUGACCGACGCCAAAGUUCAGACGGGUUCCGGGGCAGGGUCUCCUCCCUCCCGAGCUGCUCCUUUGCCUGGAUCAUCGUCGAUGACGCCUGCCAAGUCUAGCUCUAGGAGAUACAGUAAUAACGGAAGGCACGGCAAUGGCAACAGUCACGGUCAAUCUUCUUCAUCCGAAACGACUCCAAGGGCUGGAAGUCUCUUGACGCCUCCUUCCGAGCACACCGCUACAUCCAGCACUGGAAAUCGUGUACCCUUUCCCGUGAACCCAAUUGCGACUCGACGAUCAAGUCACAAUAGUACUGGUUCCAAUGGCUCGUCUCGUCGACCCUCUGGAAUGACGGAUUCUGGCGUACCCUCUGCGGAUCAGAGAGCGACCCGCAAAUUUGAUCCCAGCACUGACCCGGACGUCAGGAAGAAGGAUACGCAAGAAGUGUUGAGUAGGUUCAUGCAGGAAGGAACAUUCUCCUCGUCAACUUGA